CGUCCAAAGCCAAGGCAAUAAUAGACCCCCCUCUUUCCCAAUAACAACGACUCCAGCUCGUUCCACUUCCAUUCCUCCCCUUUUGCCCCUUUUUCCGGCUUCCUCCUCCAAUCAUCUCCCCCACCGCCUCCCCCUUUCUAUGAAACAAAAACUGCCAACUAAAAAGCAAGAUUUGGAGCUUAGGAUUCGUAUCCUUUCGCCUCAUUUGAUCGAGAAAAGGUGAUAUUUUUGAGAGGGAUUCAGGGUUUUUGAUGCCGUCGGUGUUUCCUCAUCUUUGAGAAAGAGAGAGAAGGGGAAGAGAGGAGAAAGGAGAAAUGCGUCCCAGCUUCUGCCAGAGAUGCCUCGCCUUUCUCCUAAAGUUUCUGAAUUACCUCCAGACCUUCGUUGGCGUCUCGCUCAUUCUCUAUUCGGUGUGGAUGCUGAAUCGUUGGCACCGCCACGGUCAUGGAGGCAGUGGAUUUAGCUUCGAUUUCGACAAGCUUCCGGCGCCUUGGUUGGUGUGCUCGUUGAUGGGCAUCGGGAUCUUUGUGUGUUUAAUUGCUUUCACUGGGCAUAUUGCUGCCGAGACCAUCAAUGGAUGCUGCCUCUGUUUUUAUGCAGUUUUGACCACUAUUUUAAUUUUACUAGAAGCUGCUUUGGUGAGUGAUCUGGUCUUCAACAAACACUGGGAAGAGGAUCUUCCACAUGAUGCUACUGGACAAUUAAAAAGUCUCCGAGCAUUUAUUGAAGCCAAUAUAGGUAUAUGUAAGUGGGUGGCCGUAACUGUAUUGGUGGUUCAGGCACUCUCACUUCUGUUAGCAGUGAUUCUGCGAGGAAUGGCCUCACCAAGAAGUGUGGACUACGAUAGUGAUGAAGAAUUUUUUACUGUAAGGAAGCCAUUGCUAAACCCACAAGGUGGUCCAACUUUUGCUUCAACCUCUUUUGACAAUACAGUGGUUUCCUCAGACACCUGGAACUCACGAAUAAAGCAGAAGUAUGUUUUUGGCCAAAGCCAGCUUUCAGACAAUGCCAUGGACCCAAAUACAUCGGGUGAUCUCCACAGCUAGUGGUAGCAGUGAUUGCGAAAGUCUAUUCAUUGUGGUACAAGUAUAAUGAAAAAAAAAAGAUAUGGAGCUAUUUCUGCUGCUGCUGUAAGUAGUUAGGGACUGUGUGAUGGUUUGUUAGUAUUCUUCUGUAUAGUUGUGGAGAGUGGCUUGUAUAAAUCUGCUGCUGCUUCUUGUAUCCUUUUCUGGAACAUGCAGUUGGAAUCAUUUGAACUUUCUAAGAACGGUUCACUAAUUCGGAACUAUGUGAUUAGUUUGCAUAGUUGGAUUCA